UCCUAAGCUGCAGAAGCCAAUGGAGCUCCUGGGAGCAGCCACUGUUGUCCUUCUAGUUUGCAUUGCUUGCCUGCUUUCUGUUGCAGCAUGGAGAGGGAAGUAUGGAAAGGGGAAGAUGCCUCCAGGACCAACUCCCCUUCCCAUCCUAGGUAACGUGCUGCAGGUGAAACCAAAGAACUUGGCUAAAACCCUCCAGAAGCUCAGUGAAGAGUAUGGACCAAUAUUCACAGUGCACCUGGGCUCUAACCCAGUGGUGGUCCUGCAUGGAUAUGAUGUGGUGAAAGAAGCCCUGAUUGAUCGUGCAGAUGAGUUUGCUGGCAGAGGACGCAUGCCAAUAGGAGACAGAGCUAACAAUGGAUUAGGAAUUGUUUUCAGCAACAAUGAGGAGUGGUUGCAAGUCCGUCGGUUUGCUCUCAGUGCUCUGCGCAACUUUGGAAUGGGGAAAAGGAGCAUUGAAGAGAGAAUCCAGGAGGAAACUGAGUACUUUCUGGAAGAGAUUGACAAAACAAAGGGAACACCUUUUGACCCAACCUUCAUGCUGAGCUGUGCUAUCUCCAAUGUCAUAUGCUCCAUUGUCUUUGGGAAACGAUAUGACUAUAAAGACAAGAAGUUCCUGGCCCUGAUGAACAACAUGAACAACAUCUUUGAGAUGAUGAAUUCUCACUGGGGACAGCUCUACCAGAUGUUCUCAAACAUUUUGAAUUACUUGCCUGGCCCACACAACAACAUAUUCAAAGAAUUUGAUGCUCUAAAAGCCUUUGUGUCAGAGGAGGUGAAAACACACCAAGCCUCCCGAGAUCCCAAUUCCCCUCGGGAUUUCAUUGACCUCUUCCUCAACAAAAUGCAGGAGGAGAAAGACUGUCCCAAUUCCAGUUUCUACAUGAAGAACCUGAUAACCUGCACCUUUGACUUGUUCAUUGCUGGAACUGAGACUACUAGCACCACCAUAAGAUACGGGCUUCUGCUUCUUCUUAAACACCCGAAGAUACAAGAGAAAGUUCAAGAAGAGAUCGACAAGGUGGUAGGACAAUCACGAAGACCUUGUGUGGCUGACAGGAUCCAGAUGCCCUACACAGAUGCAGUGGUGUAUGAAAUCCAGCGCUUCAUCUCCCUCCUCCCCGUGGGUCUCCCUCACACUGUGGCUAAAGACACACACUUCAGAGAGUACGUCAUUCCGAAGGGCACCACAAUUUUUCCCAUCCUCGAUUCUGUCCUUCAUGACAGUAAAGAGUUUCUAAACCCAAAUGAGUUCAACCCUGGACAUUUCUUGAAUGCGAAUGGCACCUUUAGGAAGAGUGAGUUCUUCAUGCCCUUCUCAGCAGGGAAGCGAAUAUGCCCUGGAGAGGGCCUGGCACGCAUGGAGAUAUUCUUAUUCAUCACCACCAUUUUGCAAAACUUUACCUUGAAGCCUACCGUCAACCCCCAGGAACUCAACAUAAUCCCAGCGUUGAGUGGGACAGGCAACGUACCUCCUGCCUACCAGCUCUGUGCUAUCCCCCGCUGAAAAGCACAAAACCAUUCUCUGCAGUGUCCUGAACCUGACUACUCCUUCU